AUGGACGGCAAAGAAAGGAUGAACAAUGCUACCGGUAACGGCAGGGUGAACCACAGCAGCAGAAUGAACGGUAGCAGCCGCAAGGCUCCAUCGUUCCGCACGAGCCAUCUUGCCAUCAACGGUGGCGGCGCUUUCCCAGAAGAGAACGAGAUGGAAACGAACACUACCUCCCAAGAUGACGCCGCGGAAAUCGUCCUUACGCAAGAGGAGAAGGAUGAAGUCAAGGAAGUGAUCAAGAUGUCGCAAACAGAUACCAACCGCGUAAAAAUCUGGAGAAUGAUGGCUGUGGGUGUAUUGCUGAUCACGGCAUUUUGUGUGACGUUUACGACCUGGCGGCUGCUCAAGAAUGAGGAAACAAACAACUUUGAAAUCGCGUUCGAUCAGUUCUCUCGCACAGUUGGAGAUGCUGCCAUUCACCAGCAGAGGGAUCUGAGGGAUGGCUUGGACUCUUUCGCUGCAAGCCUGGCUGUCUACGCAGAGACCAAUGAGAUUGGGGAGCGGUGGCCAUUUGUCACAUUGCCCAUGUUUGAGCACUAUGCUCAGCACUCUCUGAAACAAGCACACAUUGAGACUCUCAAUGUCUUACCAUUGGUCACGAACAGUCAGCGCCAAGAUUGGGUCGAGUAUGCAAAUAGCAAGUACGAUGGAUGGGUCCAAGAAGGUCAUUAUCUGCAAAAGGGGAAUCUGGAUCGUCUUGUGGGCGGAGACGAAACCUACCACGCCUAUAUUUCCGACCGUCAACCAGAUGGAUCUUUUGUGAAUGCUACCGAACGGGACUACUACUUCAUUAGCUGGCUCUACUCUCCUCCUCCUGCAACCUACGACUUGCUCAACGGAAAUCUAUUCAGUGUCCCUCCGUUUGCAAAGGCUGCCGAAGCGAUUAUGGCAUUGGGAAAUGAGACUGUCAUGACACCCGUCAUGCCACACGUGGGUAUCCCUACAGCCAUGACUCGAGAAGAGCACAACUUGCUGCACACGGAACUCUUGGAUACUCGAUCGGAGAACCCACAUUCGUUUUUCACCCAUGCAGUUCACCGUGCCAGGCGACCUGGGGAUCCCCUCGACGAAGAGACUGAGAUUGUGGCGGUACUGGCCGGAGCCACUGCGUGGGAUGUGGCCCUCUUGCAGCUCUUGCCAGAAGGAGUCGUUGGCAUUUACGCAGUGAUCAAAAACAAUUGUGGACAAGAACACACUUAUGAGAUUCGUGGGCCGGAUGCGUUUUACUUGGGAGACAAAGAUUUGCACGAAAGCAAGUACUCCAGUAUGGAAAGGGUAGUCAAUCUUGCCCUUCAUAGCCAUAAAAACUUUGCGACGACACCAGGGCACUGUCAAUAUACUAUGCACAUUUUUCCCAGCAGUGAAUUCAGAGACAGUUACGACUCGAACACCCCGGAAUUAUUCGCUAUGGUAGUUGCCAUCACAUUUGGAUUGGUAGCCAUAGUCUUUUGGGUCUAUGAUCUGUUCGUGCAACGACGCAACCACAACCUGGUUGUAAGAGCAGGGCAGACCAACGCCAUUGUCUACUCGUUCUUCCCGAGACAGGAACAAGAACAAUACGAUGGAGAUGCGAUAAAGCAAACGGAGAGAUUUCCCGAGCUCACAGGGAAUACCAGGCCAGAGGAAACAGAAACUGCUAGUUUGGCUCUAAAUGGGCAAACAAGAACACCUGGCGAACUCGAUGUAUGA